AUUGUGAAUGGCAUUUACAUGGCAAUUGUCAAAUCAAUUGUUUGACAGCAGCCACUUGAAAUAACGAAGCGCAAAAUAUUUAGUUUUUUGGCUUUGUUAUAUAGAUUUUGGAAUAAAAGAAAACGCAUUGAAGAAUAAGAACUAAGGGAUCUAAAGUCAAUAGAGGUUAUUAGUGUGUUGCUGAAAUUUGAGAACCCAUGUGCUGCUGUAAUGGAUUCUACUAAUGUGCAAGUGGUUUCAUUUGACGACGAACAAAUAAUUGCUGUUGGCCGGGCUCUCAGAGCUGUAGCGGACGAAGUUUUCGAAGAACCCAAACAGGAACUCGUAUCGUAUGAACCGGAGGAAGUAGUCGAACUUCUAAGUGAAUCUGAAAGUGGCAGUGAUGUAGACGAAGGAUCAGAUUGUGAAAUAUUUGGAAAGAUAUGUACUAAUACAGAAAAUGUUCCGGAAAAUACCCAAACCGAUUUUGUUAUACCAUUUGUGAUCAAAACUGAUGACAUGCAACCGACGGAUGGAGUAGUAGAAGAAUUCGCUAAUCAAGCAGUAUCACAGAACAAUGAUGUUCAGUUAAAUAACGUAAGUCGCAAAGAAGCCGAGAUACAACUAGCAUCGCGUCUAGAUUCAUACAACGAAAUCAUCGAAUUGGAUGAUAGUGAUAGUGACAAAGAUUUAGAUGAUAAUGGUACACCUAACAAAAGUUGUGACAACAAUUCUGAGCUUUCAGAAGAAGAUGUAAAGGAAAAAAAGUGUAUCAUACUCUUAGAUGAGAACUCAAAUGAUUCUAAUCAACCUUCAACAUCAACGGAUGCAGUUCAACAAACGAAUUUAAACACACACAAUUUAGAAGCGUUCUUAAACUACAUAUGCCCACAAUGCGGUGUUUCUUGUGGGAAUAUAAAAAAAUGGAAUGCCCACACGGAUAUUGUACACAAUUUUCGUUCCAUUUCAAUACUCAAUUUAAAAACGGUGAUAAGUCGACUAGGUCAAUUAUCUUAUCAGUGCAACUCGUGUGAAAAGAAAUUUAUUUCCGAUGCUCCAUACGGGAUAUUGUUACAGCAUCGUAUACAACACAUGACGAUUCCAAAUUUUUUGCGUUGUCGCCUGUGUGAGGAAAGAUUUUCCUCACGUCGCAUGUUUCUACUUCACUUUAAGAAAAUGCAUAAAAAGAUUGGUUUAAAAAAGUUACGCCGCUCAGAGUCAAUAAGAUGCCACAUACGAUACCUGUGUCCGAUUUGUAAGAAAAAGGCAGCAAACUUAAAAGAAUGGAAGGAUCAUUUAGAAAUAGAACACGAUUGGUGUAAUAAAUUGGAAGAAAAAGUAAACACAAUAAGAGACAAUUUAGUUGAAUGCAAAACAUGUCUCACCACAUUUCGCGAAAGGCAAAGUCUUUGGCAUUUAGUGCGUCACGAGGAGCACAAACCCUUCCAUUGCAAAAUGUGCAAAAAAAUGAAGUCGUACAAUUUAUAUACAAUUGCUAGACACAUACGUGUAGAACACUUGAAACAAAAAUGCAAAGUAGAAUACCGUUGUAAUUAUUGUGAUAAGGUAUUUUCAUCUUGUCCACGAAGGAAUAUUCAUAUGAACGAGAUGCAUACAAUUGAAAAAUUAAAUUGUGAAGUAUGUGACAAGGAGUUUAAUUCAAGUGCGCGCCUUUUGACACACAUGGCUAAACUGAAUCACCAAAAAAUUAAAUAAUAUAUCAAAGCCAAAAUUAAGUAACAGUUCUUAGUUAUCAAAUUAUUUACAAAUUAACUGGUUGCUAAGCUUUAUUAUACUAUUAAAUAUGCAUAUGUGCAGUAUGAUUUUGUAUUAUUGUACAGAUGUAAUGUUUAUAUCGCAAUAAUUUGAUUUGAAAUAUAUGUACUUCAAAAACUUUUUACAAAAUAAUAAAUUUUAUUAUAAAGACCCGCUUAUAAAGAACGCUUCAUUGUGGCUGAUACAUAGAUAAUACUACUACUACCAUCCAUAUGAUUUCUAUUAGUUGGAUUAUAACUAUUAGUUAAUAAGAUAUAACAUUUUUGAAAAGCAACAUGUGUUAGUUUACAAAAAAAUGGAUCAUAAAGCAUUGUUUUUUGGGGGAAAAUGCUGUUGAAUUUGGGCUCAGGGCUGCUAAGCUGGAAACACGCGAAAUGAGCACCGAGGAUAAUUAUGCUGUAAAGAGGCGAAAGCUUUGUGCAAAGUGUGUGCCUUGCAAGUUCAUAAUCCAACAAAAACAGCGAAUAACUGAUUCUGAGAAGUGUUUAAGUGCUCUUUAAUCGUAAUAAAACCGAAUUUUUGCGUCGGUGUGUGACAAUAGAAACAUAAUUCCAUCAUUUCCCACUGGAGUCCCAUCGACAGUCAUUCUAGUGGACUGUACAUGAUGAACCUGUUCUCAGGCGUGGAAAGACGAAAAGUCGGCUGGAAAGGCUGUGACAUCAGUCUUUUGGGAUGCACGUGGUAUAAUUCACACUACGACUGAUAACUAAUAAAAUGUAUUUGUUUAAAGGAAAGUGAUAUAUGGCUUAAAUUCUACUAAUGCCUUGAAGUUUGUUUCUGCAUCGAAAUCUUUUGUUUAUUCAACCCUCUGGCAUCACUACAAGUCGCCAUUUGACAUUUGACUGUUGUUUGUGUUUUUCAAUAAUUCUGAGAGAGAGCACACUUCACUUUUAAUUUCUCAUAAACCACAGUACAGCAACAACACAAUUGGCAUAAAUGGCGAACAAAACAACAAAAAAAUUGCAGAAAGAGAAGCAAGCACACAUCCCCACUUACAAAUAGCAAGAGCUGUCAAAUGAAGCAGGCGACGUCAAAUAAGUGAGCGCCGUCAGCCAGAAGUUCUUUUAAUUAGUUCUAAUUGAAAUAAAAUGUGAAAAGAGUGGUUUGUGAAAAUUAAAAUUUAAUACAAAUAUCAGAAAUAUUGCGAAAACUUAUGGUAUAAGGUGAAGGAGCUGUAGUAUAAAAGCGUGAUGUGACGGUUAAGCAUUAUAUGAACUCGGUAGCAGCGUGAAAAAUUCAUACGUCAAAGUGGGGUUUUGUCGCCCAAAUG